CUGGCAAUCCAAAUUUAGUCACCACGCGAUUUGUGAAUUUGGUUGAUUUUCUUUUGUGGAAGUUCUCUGAGUUUGAUCUUUUGCUAUUAACGUAAUUGUAUCAAAAUGUAUGGACAGCAACCGAUAAUAGUUUUGAGCCAAAACACAAAACGUGACUCCGGCCGGAAAGUUCAAUUAGAGAAUAUUAAUGCUGGAAAGACAAUAGCAGACGUUAUUCGAACAUGCCUCGGACCUCAGUCGAUGUUGAAAAUGUUGAUGGAUCCGAUGGGUGGAAUCGUGAUGACAAAUGACGGUAAUGCCAUACUCAGGGAAAUUACUGUACAGCAUCCAGCAGCUAAAUCUAUGAUAGAAAUAGCAAGAACACAGGAUGAAGAGGUUGGAGAUGGCACAACGUCUGUUAUUGUGCUUGCAGGAGAGAUGUUGGCUGUUGCCGAAACCUUCCUUGCCCAAAACAUCCACCCUACAGUAAUCAUCAGAGAAUACAGACAGGCCUUAGAGGAUGCUGUUAAGUUGCUGCAAGAUAAAAUCUCUAUACCUAUUGACCUGAAUGAUAGGGAUAAGCUCAAAGAAGUAAUUAGAUCCUGCGUUGGCACUAAAUAUAUUGGCCGUUGGGCUGACUUGGCAGUAGAUAUUGCCCUUGAUGCAGUCAACACAGUCACUGUUAAUGAAAAUGGACGUAUUGAAGUUGAUAUUAAGAAUUAUGCAAAAGUAGAGAAGAUUCCGGGAGGUACAGUUGAAGAGUCCAAGGUAUUGAAUGGUGUAAUGAUCAACAAAGAUGUAACUCAUCCAAAAAUGCGGCGUUUUAUUGAGAACCCACGUAUUAUUCUUCUGGACUGUCCUCUUGAGUACAAGAAAGGAGAGAGCCAAACAAAUAUUGAGAUUGUUGGUGAACAGGACUUUACCAAACUAUUACAAUUGGAAGAAGAGCAUGUCCAACGUCAGUGUGAAGAGAUUAUCGCAUUGAAACCUGAUGUUGUGUUCACUGAGAAGGGAGUUUCUGAUCUAGCGCAGCAUUAUCUAGUCAAAGCUGGAAUUACUGCUAUCCGCAGACUACGUAAAACUGACAACAACCGGCUAGCGAGGGCCUGCGGCGGCACCAUCGUCAACCGCACGGACGAGCUGAAGGAGAGCGACGUGGGCACGCAGGCCGGACGCUUUGAAAUCAAGAAGAUCGGCGACGAUUACUUCACCUUCGUCACCGAGUGCAAGAACCCCAAGGCUUGCACGAUUCUUCUACGCGGUGCUUCUAAGGACAUAUUGAAUGAGAUUGAGAGGAAUCUCCAAGAUGCUCUUCAUGUCGCUAAAAAUCUGGUGCUGAACCCGCGCCUGGUGGCGGGCGGCGGCGCGUGCGAGAUGGCCGUGUCGUGCGCGCUGGCGGCCCGCGCGCCGCACGCCACGCCCUACCGCGCCGUCGCCACCGCGCUCGAAAUAAUCCCGCGCACGCUGGCACAGAACUGCGGCGCCAACACCAUCCGCACGCUGACGGCGCUGCGCGCCAAGCACGCCGCCGGCUGCGCCACCAGCGGCAUCGACGGCGACACCGGCGAAAUCGUCGACAUGGCCAGCAAGGGCAUCUGGGAGCCGCUCGCCGUCAAGCUGCAGGUAUACAAAACAGCAGUAGAAACAGCAAUCCUCUUGCUCAGAAUCGACGACAUCGUGUCCGGCUCCAAGAAGAAGAACAACGAGCCCACUGCCCCGGCUGAGGCGGCUGCUAUGCAAGAAUAAUUUGUCAAUACUUAAUUAUGAAUAUAUUAACAAAUUACUAUAAUAAUCUGCUCAGUGACUGGUGAAAAUACUAUCACUACACACUUACUAGACUUAAACCUGCACUUUCAAGUUAAAACCUAUCUAUGUUAAAACCUAUUUAUAUUCAUGAAUUUCUGUAUGUAUGUAGCUUUAUCCUCAUUAAAAGUGUGAGCAUUUGAGCUGUGGCAACAUAGCUAGAUCAUUUUGCAAUAGGAUUAUAAAUACUUAUAAAUUUAAAGCAAAUUUAAUAAACACAUCUUCGCAUUUUAAAAAUUAAUUACAGAUGAGUACAAUAUGAGUUGGUUAUUAUAAUAAUUAGUCUUUAUUUUUAACACAUUAACAAGGGCCUUAAGUGCUGAUUGCGUUAGAUUGUACGCUAGGAAUGAAUGAAUCCAUAAACAUAUUUUCACUGCACAGGAAUGUUUCCUUUUUAUGUCUAAAAUAGGAAGAAGGUAAAAAUAUCGUGUUUGUUGUUACUCGAGAGUUGGAAAGUAUUAAAGGCUUCACCUAUGAUCAGUUUAUCAUCACAUAUUUGUCACUUGUUUUGCUUUAUAUAUUUUAAUAGGUCUUUUGAAAUAUCAUAGUUAUCUGUUUUUUUUUACGUAAGUAGAAAAAUCUGCGAAUUCAAUGCAAAAAUGUAUAAAAAACUACGCAAUUGUAAUUAUCUAUGGCUAAAGGCAAAACAGUAUUCGGAAAACUAAAGAACAUGAUUCAAAUAUUUAAUAAUAUUAUUAAGACUAGCUUUCCUAAUUUAGUGCUAACACGAUGCCUUAUGUUCUAUGAUAUCUAUGAAAAUAGACAAGUAAUGUUGGUUUUAAUUAUUUUUUUGUUAUUUAUGGUCACACUGUCGUGUCGUCUACGCUUUGCGAGUGCGCGUUUAUGUUCGAGAAUGCUAUUUUUAAUUGAACAAUAAUAGUAUUAAAAUAUAUAUCUAAUAA